AUGAAGGGCAAACGCUCCAAACAAUACCGCAAACUUAUGCACCAAUACCAACUCACAUUCUCCCUCCGCGAACCAUACCAAGUGCUCUUCGACGCCGCCAUAAUCAAAGAUGCAGCUCGCUUCAAGAUGAAGCUCGGGCAAAUGCUGGAGAACACACUACACGGCGAGAUCAAGCCUAUGAUAUCGCAGUGCUGUAUACGACACCUGUACAACGAACCUCAAUCACCUGAUAAAGAUGCAUGGAUCGAGACAGCAAAGCAAGCAGAGCGACGAAGAUGUGGACAUCACGAGUUGGAGAAGCCGCUGAGUGCGUUGGAGUGUAUCAUGAGCUGUGUGGAUCCGAAGGACUCGGGCAACAAUAAGAACAAGUAUGUUGUUGCGACGCAGGAGUUGGAGAUUAGGCAGAAGUUGAGGGCGAUACCGGGCGUGCCGUUGGUGUACAUCAACAGAUCUGUCAUGAUUUUAGAACCGAUGGCGUCGACAUCAGAGAAGGUCAAGGAGGUUGAGGAGAAGGCGAAGAUCAGAGCCGGCUUGAAGACGAGGAGAGGCGCAACUCUAGCCGGUGCUGGCGAGAAGCGUAAGAGGGACGAUGAGGGAGGUGAAGAUGGAGAUCAGGCGGAAGGCGGAGCAGAGCCUGCGAAGAAGAAGCCGAAGGCAAAAGGCCCGAAAGGACCAAACCCGCUGGCGGUGAAGAAGGCCAAGAAGGAGAAGCCGAAGACUGUUGGCAAGCAGGUUGAGGAGGAGAGGUCUGUCCUGCGAAAGGCUGCGAAGCAAGAUCCACAAGCGUCCGAGAAAGCACGAAGCGCGGAAACUGUGGUGGCGGUUGAUGCAGAUGGUGCAGCAGAUGCGACACGGAAGCGCAAGCGGAAAAGGAAGCCAAAAGAUGCUGCUGCCGUCGAGGAUGCUGGAGAAGAGUGA